AUGGAACAUAGGAAUAAUAUCACAGAAUUUAUUCUUCUGGGACUUUCUCAGAAAAAGAAAGUAGAAGUCCUCUGCUUUUUCCUGUUUGUGCUCUGUUACACUGCCAUUGUGACCGGAAACCUGCUCAUCAUGGUUUCCAUCACCUGCACCCCGCUGGUUACCCAGCCCAUGUAUUUCUUCCUGAGAUACCUUGCACUGUCAGACCUCUGCUACACGUCCACUGUGACCCCCAAGCUAAUCACUGAUCUGCUGGCGACCAAGAAGUCCACCUCCUACAGUGGCUGCAUGACGCAGCUCUUCACCAUGCACUUCUUUGGGGGCAUCGAGGUCUUCAUCCUCACGGCGAUGGCCUAUGACCGCUACAUGGCCAUCUGCAGGCCACUGCACUACACGGUUGUCAUGAGCAGGCAAAGGUGUGACCUCCUGAUUUUAGCUUCCUGUGUGGGGGGAUUCCUGCAUUCCUUUGGUCAGUUUGUUCUCGCCAUCUUCUUACCCUACUGCGGCCCCAAUGAAAUAGACCACUACUUCUGCGAUGUGUAUCCUUUGCUGAAGCUGGCCUGCAUGGACACAAGCAAAAUUGGCUUCUUGGUCAUUGCCAAUUCUGGCCUGAUGGGCCUGGUGAUUUUUGUGGUCUUGGUGAUGUCUUACGGGCUGAUCUUAUACACUGUGAAGUCCUACUCUGCAGAGAGUCGCUGCAAAGCCCUCUCCACCUGCAGUUCUCAUGUCACUGUGGUGGUCCUCUUUUUUGCUCCCUUACUAUUUAUUUAUAUUCGCCCGGCUACUACUUUUCCAGAAGACAAAGUGUUCGCUCUUUUUUAUACCAUCAUUGCCCCCAUGCUCAACCCUCUGAUUUAUACACUCAGAAAUACGGAGAUGAAGAAUGCCAUCAAGAAACUUUGGUGCCUCCUCAGAGAAAGUAAAAGAAACAGAUUGAAAAACAUCCCUGCCUGUCACUGA